AUGGCUCCAAGUUUAGAUUUUUCAAAGUGGGGUUGGGUUAAAUUGAGUUCAAAUUCAACAUCAAAUUCAAGAAAAGGAAACCCUGUUGUUGUUACUAUGGAGAAUCCAAACUACUCAGUGCUAGAAAUUGAUGGUCCUGAUUCAGCAUUUCAGCCAGUUGAAAAAGAUAGAGGCAAAAAUGCCAAACAAUUCACAUGGGUUUUGCUUCUCAAAGCUCAUAAAGCUGUUGGUUGUUUAACUUGGUUUGGAAAUUCUCUUUGUUCAUUGUUAAGUUCUCUCAAAAAAAGACUCAUUUUUUGUUCUAUUGAAAAUGACAGUGAUGAUAAAUCUAUGAAAGCAAAGUUACUUUUUAGAGUGAUUGUUGGAUUCUUAUUCAUGGCUUUGGCAUUUCUUUCAUUUGAACUUGUUGCUCAUUUCAAAGGAUUGAAUUUGAAUUACUUUAAUCACAAUCAUAGUAAUUUUCAUGUUCCACAAACUUGGGAGAUUAAAGGGAUGUUUCAUGAAGCUUAUGUUAAGUGGUUGGAGUUUAGAGUUGAUUAUAUUGCACCCUUGAUUCAAUCUUUAUCAAAUUUUUGCAUACUGUUGUUCUUGAUUCAAUCUGUGGAUAGAAUGGUGUUGUGUCUUGGUUGCUUUUGGAUCAAAUUCAAAAAGAUUAAACCAAUGAUUGUUGAUGGAGAUGGUGAAGAUGAUUUGGAAGGUUCUAAUUAUGGAUAUCCUAUGGUACUUGUUCAGAUUCCUAUGUGCAAUGAGAAAGAGGUAUAUGAACAAUCUAUAUCUGCUGUCUGCCAACUUGAUUGGCCGAAAGAUCGGUUGCUUGUUCAAGUUCUGGAUGAUUCCGAUGACGAGGGGAUACAAUGGUUGAUCAAGGGGGAAGUGUCUAAGUGGAAUCAAAGAGGUGUCAAUAUCAUCUACCGUCAUAGAAAGUUUAGAACCGGUUAUAAAGCGGGAAAUCUCAAGUCUGCGAUGAACUGUGAUUAUGUGAAGGAUUACGAGUUUGUUGCAAUUUUCGAUGCCGAUUUCCAACCGUGUCCUGAUUUCCUCAAACAAACUGUUCCACAUUUUAAGGGAAAUCCUGAGUUGGCAUUGGUUCAAGCUAGGUGGACUUUUGUGAACAAGGAUGAGAAUUUACUCACAAGACUUCAAAAUAUUAAUUUGUGCUUCCACUUUGAGGUUGAACAACAAGUUAAUGGAAUCUUCCUCAAUUUUUUCGGUUUUAAUGGAACUGCUGGUGUUUGGAGAAUAAAAGCACUUGAAGAAUCCGGUGGUUGGCUUGAGCGAACUACCGUAGAAGACAUGGAUAUCGCAGUCCGUGCUCAUCUUGAUGGUUGGAAAUUUAUCUUUCUCAAUGAUGUAAAGGUGCUUUGUGAGCUUCCUGAAUCAUAUGAAGCUUAUAAGAAACAACAACAUCGAUGGCAUUCCGGUCCGAUGCAACUCUUUCGGUUGUGCCUUCCGGCCAUCAUAAACUCUAAGAUUGCAUUCUGGAAGAAAACAAACCUUAUAUUUCUAUUCUUUCUACUUAGAAAGCUAAUCCUCCCAUUCUAUUCAUUCACAUUAUUCUGCAUCAUUCUUCCAUUGACAAUGUUCGUCCCCGAAGCCGAGCUUCCUAUUUGGGUUAUUUGUUACAUUCCUGUAUUCAUGUCAUUCUUGAACAUUCUCCCCGCCCCAAAAUCCUUUCCCUUCAUCGUACCUUACCUACUAUUCGAGAACACAAUGUCGGUAACCAAAUUCAACGCCAUGGUAUCUGGUUUGUUCCAAUUAGGAAGUUCCUACGAAUGGAUCGUUACCAAAAAAUCUGGCCGAUCAUCUGAGCCUGAUCUAUUAGCUGCCGAAGAACGCGAUUCAAAGGCAAUGAGUCUCCAACUUCAUAGAGGAACUUCCGAUAGUGGCCUUUCCGAGCUUAACAAGAUCAAGGAAUUACAAGAAACCAUUCCUGCAAAGAAAAUGAACAAGAUAUAUAAGAAAGAGCUAGCCCUUGCAUUUUUGCUGCUGACCGCGGCCAUUCGAAGCUUGUUAUCAGCUCAAGGGGUGCACUUCUACUACUUAUUAUUUCAAGGUGUGUCAUUUCUCCUUGUAGGUUUGGAUUUAAUUGGAGAACAAAUGAACUAGAAGAUCAAAUAAGAAUAUGUGUAAAUUAGAAAAUUUUAUUAUUAUACAGUUAGGCCAACCAAUAUGGAUUGAUGCUAGAAAAGUUGGUUUUGGCAGUUAUAUUCAAGGUUCAUGAUUAUGGCUCGAGUAAAAUGUCGAAAGCCGCCACAUGUCAAAUCAUAAAUAAGUUUGUUAUUUUUCAAUUGUCUUCAUAGAAACUUUUCUGUUUUCUUUUGGUUUUCUUGUACUUUGAUUGUUUUCCACAUUACAAUAAUUUUUUUUUUCAUUUUCAAUUUUCUGUAAUAUAACAUGAUUCAUUGUCACAUUUAGUUCAUUUGUAUCUUUUGAAUGACAUGUGAAAAUUCCUUCAA